AUUUUUAUCGAUUGAAAAUAUUUUUGAAACGAUUUUUGUUUUUUGACGUUUAAGUUCUCUAUAAAAAAAUAAUUUAAUUUUUUAGUCUAAAAUAUUGACUGCUUUUAAGAUAUUUUUUGUCAUCAUUUAGUACACUAACCGUUGAAACUAUGUUACCUCAGAAAUCAAUCAAUAGAUCGGCUGUCAGUAAUAAUAGCGAUUUGAUGGCCAAAGGUUUUGGUCGUCUAAACAUUGGUAAUAGUGGCGAUCAGUUUGACUAUCGACAGAUCAUCACUGAAUUGGAUAGUAUUGAGACCAGAAUCGAUCAAUUGUUGGAUCAGCUCUCAAAAAUUCACGUGAAAGGAGUGGCCGCACGGAUUGAAUUGGCCACAAACAUCGAGACUGUGGAUGUACUACAAGAUAUCAAAUACUUGAUCCAAGAGAUGAACAAAGUCCAAAACAACUUGGAGUUAUGUGAACUGAAUAUGCAAACGAUGAAUAAUAAGACAAACAGUUUGUCCACUACUACUGGUGACGACAUAGAUAAUGAUGUCAACAAAAUGUUGAUGAAAAUAGUAGACAAAUCAAACCGAUUGGCAGACACUUUGGAUAUGAGUCUCGACUAAUAUUUGGU